GCUUUGAUGUCACUCUGGUCUGUGGCUGUCCUCACGUUUGAGCCUCCACGGUUAUCUAUCGGACGCUCAUUUGACUGAACCUUGUCCACGGAGAGAUCCGAGUGGGCUGGAAGCUUCCACACGCCGGAAGAACACAAACAGCGAGGAGGGGAUGGAGGUAGACUGCCAGCCCGAGGAAUCCAUCGUCUCCUCAUUUGACGAGGACUGCGUUGUGCUUGGUGACGUCAAGGACAUGAGAUUGGAGGCAGAAGCAGUCGUCAAUGACGUACUUUUUGCUGUCGCCGAAAUGCACGUAUCUCAAAGUCUCGACAGUGCGUCAGAUAUGGCCUACAUAAACGUGGAAACAAGAGAGGGAAACCGGUAUUGUCUGGAGCUCACAGAGGCAGGACUACGGGUGGUGGGCUAUGCCUUCAAUCAAGUGGAGGAGGAUUUGGGCACCCAGUAUCAUGAAACUGUUUACUCGCUUCUGGACAAGCUGAGUCCGGGUUACAGAGAAGCCUUUGGGAAUGCUUUGCUGCAGCGGCUGGAGAGGCUGAAGCAAAAUGGACAAUAAAAAAAAAACAGGACCAAGAUGCUGCACACGUUGUUCAAGUGGAAUAGAGGUUGAUGAUGUGGGUGUAUGUGGAUAUGAGCCAAUAAUAAAGUGGUCAAGUCUGGUCAAAUAUUAUAGCCUAUUAUGUGACGUCCACCUGCCUAGCUACCACUACAAUAAGGGUUACUCUGCCAUAUCAACUGUGCUUUGUUCCGACUUUCAUAUCAUUGAAUGACUUCAUGUUAGUUACUUAAGUUUAGUGACUGCUAGGGUUUGGCUGUAUGGGCUCUGUCGCAACAAUCAUGUUGUUGACUUUACUGUGGAAAGAUCUUCCAGCUUCUGCAUGUUACAAAUUUGUAACUGCACAUUGAGAAUUCUUCACCUUUUGUACUCAUCAAAGUGAUCUGAGAAAGAAGCAAGUUAUGUGAAUUAUUGAUCCCAUUUGCCCCUCUGCCUUGCUUACACUAAAGCUGUGACCUGAUAACUGAUCAAAUAUACUCAACUAGUUCUUAUUCAGCAGGUGUCUCAGUGAAAGAGCCAAAGCUAUAUUCUUUGUGUAACUCAUAUACUGCCUUAACGACUGACUUUUGGUUAGAGUACAAGUACAAAGUACAAAAAAACAUCUCAUUAAAUAGUUUAUUUUGUAUUGACAGAUAUGGUAUUCUGUGGGACUGUCAUUUCAAAUGGAAAACAAUUCAAACUAAUUUGAAAUUUCUUGUCAAACUAAGCCAGCUCUGUAUUCAAUACCAAUUAUCAAGUUAAUUGUGUUGUGAUGAUUUUCUUUCUCCAUACAGCACAGUGCAACUCAACCUUGCAUUUCUAACAUUUGCUGUAAAAGUAAAUAAGCCAUCUUUAUGGAGGUUUAAGUGUGUUAAAUCUUUUUGUAGUGGUCAUGUCUUCACAGUGUUGCUUCAUUUUAUCUGAAUACAUAGUUUCUUGGACUUCAGAAGCUGCUUUUAAAUGCUGUUGUACAUUUGGCCUGGUUAUAAACCUACUUCAGUGUUAGGAAACCUACUUUAUGAAAACCCUGUUCCCUUUGCAUUCAUACUGUUCCUCGCUGCUGGCCUUUGCGCAGACCAAUAAAUUCUCAGAAUUGUC